AUAAAAAUACCAUUUUUAAUUACCAAUAAAUGGAAAUGAACUCAUUACAUAUGGAUGAAAAUGGUUCCUUCAUCAAAAGGUUUAAUUGUUUGAUGAAACUCUAUGUAGAUGCAGCACAUUAAGAAGGAUAAAAUUGGCAUUCCUAUAGGUGUUGGAAUUACCGGUGGAAUAGACUUUCGAUUUCUGACCUUUGGAGGAUUCAAGUACCUCCUGUUCAGUGGACCCUGGUAUUUUCUUUUCUACGUGUUUCUCUCUGUCGAUUCCACCUUUCUUUUAUCCAAUAGUAAACUUCCAGAUAUCUACCCCCGACUUCAUCUCCAUCCUCCACCACUCUCCCAUCUUUAUGGAAUGUGUCCUGUUGGGAUCCAUUUUGGAUUUAGAGUCACCGCUUCAUCUUCCGAUAGAGUCCACCCACCGCAUUAUCUGCUUCUGAUGUCUACCCAUCUCAUUCAAUUUACCGACCAUUCUUCUCCACAUCCACGUCUUCCUUCUUACUGCUAUUAUGCCCACCCAGUCCACCGCUUCACCGUUCUCUCUCAGUUUACCAUCCACCUCUACCGGGGAAGAUUAGAGAGUUUGGGAGUAAUGGUGGCGUUCAGGUUACAGAAAUUUUGGGACGCCAAGAUCGCUUCGAGAAUUGUUUAA